CAUUUUCCUAAUAUUUAAAGUAUAGAAGAUUGUUGACAUCCGAUUCCGAGUCUUUGUUUUCAACAAAAGUAUGCCAGUUUGGUCAGCUCUCCGGCGGUCUCUACAACCCACCCGUUGUAUAUCCAUAACCCAACUCCCCCAUAUUCGCCAUUUAACUGCAACUAAUGUACAGCACCAUCCAAAAACAUCUUUCCUCAAAUGGAUUGGUGGAUUCAUUACCACUUCCACUUUAGCUUUCACAUUUUACUCCUUUUCUUCCCCCAAUUACCCUUCUUUCUCUUUUUCCGACACUCUUGAUCAUCAUCCACCAAAGUAUCUCUUUGGAGAUGCUUACAGAAGAAAAGUGUUCUUUAAAUAUGAAAAGCGUAUUAGGAUGCGAAGUCCUCCUGAAAAGGUGUUUGAGUACUUUGCAUCUUUUGAAGCCCAUGAUGGAGAAAUACUUAUGACACCAGCAGAUUUAAUGAGAGCGGUUGUUCCUGUGUUCCCUCCAUCUGAAUCACACCUCAUGAGAGAUGGACAUCUCAGAGGUGAAAGAAGUCCGGGUGAACUGCGAUGUGCCCCAUCAAAGUUUUUUAUGCUUUUUGACACAAACAGUGAUGGCCACGUAUCUUUCAAAGAGUAUAUAUUCUUUGUGACCCUGCUGAGUAUCCCUGAAUCAAGUUUUUCAGUGGCAUUCAAGAUGUUUGACCUCGACUGUAAUGGAGAGAUAGACAUUUAUGAAUUCAAGAAAGUAAUGACUUUGAUGCGAGCUCACAACAGGCAAGGUGCUCAUCACAGUGAUGGACUUCGAGCAGGGCAUAAUUUAGGUGGUCAUGUAGACAAUGGAGGCCUAUUACAAGACUUCUUUGGUGAAGAUGGCAAGAAACGCCUCCAAUAUGAUACAUUUGUCCAAUUCUUGAGAGAUCUGCAUGAAGAAAUGCUAAAAUUGGAGUUUGCCCACUAUGAUUACAAGUCUCGAGGGAGCAUUUCAGCAAAGGAUUUUGCCCUGUCCAUGGUUGCUUCUGCUGAUUUGAAGUACUUAAACAAGUUGCUUGAUCGAGUUGAUGAUUUAGAUAAUGAGUCACAACUAAGUCAUAUUCGGAUUUCAUUUGAGGAAUUCAAAAGUUUUGCUGAGCUGCGCAAGAAGUUGCAACCAUUUUCACUGGCACUUUUCUGUUUUGGGCAAGCGAAUGGGCUUUUGACUAGAAGUGAUUUUAAAAGAGCUGCUUCUCAAGUAUGUGGAGUCUCUCUCACUGACAACAUGAUAGAACUUGUCUUCCAUCUUUUCGAUACAAAUCGUGAUGGAAGUUUAAGCUCAGACGAGUUUAUUCGAGUUUUAGAGAAGCGAGAAAGGGAUAUUGCUGAGCCAACUGAAGCAGGUAUCCUCAACUUUGUGUCUUGUUGUGGGAAUUGCACACGAAACUACAAAUCCUACUUGCUUUCUUCAUGGUCAACCUCUUGUUGACGGGAGGAGGACCUACUGGAAUAUUGGUGAAGUGAUAACUGCUUGAAUGGUAUCCUGGAUUUUUUUUUUUUUUUGUUUAAAUAAACUGUAUGAAGGGGGGUUUUGGCACAACAACAAGAACCCUUUAGUAGGAGAUUACGGGUUCAAGCCAUGGAAACGUCUUGCAAAAAAGCAAAGAGGUAAGGUUGUAGACUUAAUGUGGUCUGCAUUUCCCUGAACCCUGCGCAUAGGUGAGAGUUUAGAUCACCGGGCUGGCCUUUAAAUAAACCGUAUUAAUAGCGACAAACAAUUGUAGCGUCAAUUUUUUCCAGAAAAUUGUUCCAGACGUUAGGGGUUGAUCGUUUGUAGUUAUAAGGCCAAGUAUGAAACUGUAGCAGGAAGUCUUGGAUGUGUUGUACCUGGAUAGACUUCGAAAUUCUACAUUUAAUUAUGGAGUCUAACAUGCUGUAGUUUGAUGUUA